AAAGUAAGGAGAGAGAAAGGAAGGCUUGGUCAACGGAACAAAUUAAAUUAAAAAUAAGAAGAUGAAGAUGAAAGCGCGUCCGUUUACGACGGAAAUGGGGACCCUCUAAGCCACUCAUCAUCGAUUUCCACUCUCUCUCUCUCUGUCUCUCUCUGUCUCUGUGCCGCCGAAUGACAGAAACGGAUAGUGUUUUCAACUCUCAACGGUUUAACCACGCCACAUCCAAAGAAAUUAAUAUUCUCCCUCUUAAUUAUAUAUAAUUAUUCACUAAUUUUGAUGAUUUUUUUUUACGAAAAAAAAUCCAUCCCGGCUUGGUGCAAAGGGAUUGGAGAGAGAAAGGUGGAGGAGAAAGGGAAAACAAGAAGCUGGUAAGGAGAGAGAAACAGAAGACAGAAAAACAGAGAGACAGAAAAACAGAGAGACGGAAACAGAAACAGAGACCUGGUAGAGACCCAGAAGAUGGUCGAAGAGAAAGUGCUCUGAGAUCAUCCUGAAGGGGCAGUAAUAGAAAAAUAAACCUUUCUUCAUUAUAUUCCAUCUCCUUCUUUCUUUUUCUUUGCUGCCUUUCGUCUCAACAUUCCUUGUUUUUUUCUGUAGCUUAAUAGAUCCACCCACCUACGUUUCUUCUUCCUUACAGAGAUUCAUACCACAUUCUCUUUGUGGGCUUCUAAUUUUACAUUUUCCCCCCCACUUUGACGACCCUUAUACAAAUAAACAAAAAACAAAAAAAAAGAAUUUACAUCUCGAUCAGCAUCCCAUACGGACAGAUUCUUCUGCACCUUUUUUUCUUCCCAUUCUUCAAGAUUGGAUUAUAUUCAGGGAUUUCUGUGGAUUUAGUCUUGCUGAGCUGGGUAAUGAACUUCUUACCGGAAAAGGGAUUGUGGAACUGAUUUAAGAAUCAAAGAUGAGGAAUCCUUAUACGGUUGCUGGUCCUGGCAGCCCUUUUGAAUUCAAAUGCAUUUGUAACAUAGGUUUUUUCUUAGCUUAGCCUAAUUCCAUACGAAGUUCCAAUCGAUAUUCGUUUCUGGUUACGAGUGUUUGCAACGAGGUCGUUUGUAUAGAAAACCCUGGCGAUUUUGUGUAGUCUGUUGCAUAGCUCUGCGGCUAUUGGCCUCUGCUGCAUUGUGAUCACCAAGCGAUGGGGGAUGGAUGUAUCCCGAUAGCAUUUCGGUUCUCAACUUUCUUAGCUUUGAUUGUUGUUUUCGGUAUUGAAGUUUGUUUCUCACUUAAUGAUGAAGGAUUGGCGUUGUUGGCAUUCCGGUCUCAAGUAACUUAUGAUCCUCAUGAUGCUUUGGAUGAUUGGAAUCCAAAUGAGAAUGAUCCUUGCAGAUGGUCUCGUAUUCAUUGCGUUGGUGGUGAAGUCCACACCCUGAAUCUGAGUGGCCUUAUGUUAAAAGGGACUCUGACCCCAGAACUCGGGAGACUUAUUCAUUUACGAUCACUUAUUCUCUAUAAGAAUGGUUUCUAUGGCACCAUUCCUCGUGAAAUCGAAGGACUAACACAUUUGGAGUUGUUGGAUUUGAGGGAAAAUAACUUUAGUGGAACAAUUCCUGCAGAAAUAAGCAGGAUCUCCAAUCUAAAAUACUUGUUCCUUUGUGACAAUGAAUUUGAAGGCAGUGUCCCAUCAGAGCUUCAGAAUCUCAGCUCUCUCUACGAAUUACAGUUCGAUGAUAACCUUGUAUUUUUAUGGGAUGUUGAAGGUGGCAGUGUAAAUAGAAAGCAUGGGCACUGCAUCUGGCAGAGAAAUCCCAUCUAUAUGAAAAGUUUAGAUACAUCUGCAAGUGAAGAUAACGCAUACGUUCGAUACCUCAGCACCAUGCCAAACUCACUACUCAAGCUUGAGAAGGACUCUCAGUCUGACCUUAAGGAAAAUAACGAUGAUAAUCUCCCUAGUUCUGUUCCACAAGAUGUGGAUGACACUGUACAGAAUCUUGUCAACACUCAUCGGCGUAAGCUUCUCGAUGAAUCAACCAACCUUGCAGCUGUUCCUUCUACUAUUGUAUUGCCCUCUUCGGACUCGGUCUAUACUGUUACAACUCCUAGAAGUAGUGGUACUUUCCCUGCUGUACCAAAUAAACCUAAAAAGGAACCUCCUCCGCCCGAACCAGCCCCUCUUUCCCAACCUCUACCAGAGAAUACCUCAUCGCAACCCUCGGAUACACUGCCAACUCAUGGAAUUGAUAAUCCUUCUGGACAUUUCUGGAAGUAUGCAAUCAUAAUUGGAGGUGUAUCUUUAUCACUUAUUUUGGCUACCAUAAUCUUCUGCAUGUGCCGAAGCCGAGGCGUCACGACUAUUGGUCCUUGGAAGACUGGAUUGAGUGGGCAGUUGCAGAAAGCAUUCAUAACAGGUGCACCGAAAUUGAAUCGACCAGAAUUGGAAGUAGCCUGUGAGGAUUUCAGCAACAUUAUUGACACUUUUGAUUGUAGCACUAUCUACAAAGGAACACUAUCAAGUGGAGUAGAAAUUGCUGUUGCAUCAGUCUCAGUGACUUCCUCUAAGGAUUGGUCAAAGAGUUCAGAGCAAACCUAUCGGAAAAAGAUUGAUACGUUGUCACGGAUCAACCACAAGAAUUUUGUUAAUCUUCUUGGCUACUGUGAGGAGGAAGAACCAUUUACUAGGAUGAUGGUGUUCGAGUACGCUCCAAACGGAACUCUUUUCGAGCACCUGCACGUUAAAGAAGUUGAACAUCUUGACUGGGCUUCAAGGAUGAGGAUAAUUAUGGGAACAGCAUAUUGCCUUCAGUAUAUGCAUCAUGAUCUAAAUCCCCCAGUGGCACAUACAAAUCUCACAUCAACAGCUAUUUAUUUAACUGAUGAUUAUGCUGCCAAGAUUGCAGAGAUCAUUUUCUUAUCAAAUGGGGUAUCAAAAUAUAACAACACAGGCGACCACGAUAACGAGCAUUCUGAGUUACCGCCCCUCGCGGAUCCAGAGUCAAACGUGUACAGUUUCGGAGUAUUGUUGCUUGAAAUCAUCUCAGGAAAGCUGCCAUACACAGAGGAACAAGGGCCCCUUGUGAACUGGGCUUCAGAGUUUCUAAAUGACAAGAGGAGUAUUAGCUACAUGAUUGAUCAAAGUCUGAAAUCGUUCAAAAACAACGAGCUGGACGUGAUCUGUGAGGUGAUACAAGAUUGCAUCAAAUCAGAUCCAAGGAUGAGACCAACAAUGAAAGACAUCGCUGCCAAACUACGAGAAGUGAUAGGAUUGUCACCGGACCAAUCCGUUCCAAGGCUUUCUCCCCUCUGGUGGGCUGAACUGGAGAUCUUAUCAGUGGAGGCUACUUGAAGAAGACGACGACAACGACGACGACGACGAAGAAGAAAACAAAGAAGAAGAA